AAUUGGACAAGUCAGAAGGGUCUCUUCAACAAUUUUUAUGCAUCAAAACAGUAAUGUUUCCCUCCUCUUCUUCCGCUGCUAUUACGCUCUCUAUUUUUGUGCUUCUCUUUAAUGGAGGUUGCACUUUGGAUCUACCUAAAAAUGUAACAGUUCCUGCUAUAUUUGUUUUUGGGGAUUCCUUAGUCGAUCCGGGGAAUAACAAUAACCUUAUUAUUACCGUAGCCAAGUGUAAUUUUCCACCUUAUGGAAGAGAUUUCCCGGGAGGAAAACCAACUGGAAGAUUUAGUAAUGGAAAAAUUCCAACUGACUUUGCAGCUGAAUUAUUGGGCAUCAAAGAGUUGUUACCAGCAUAUCUUGACCCAACUCUACAGCUACAAGACCUCCUAACAGGAGUAAGUUUUGCUUCUGGUGGUGCUGGAUUUGAUCCUCUCACAUCUAGACUAGCAUCUGCUUAUUCAAUGUCGGAUCAACUAGACUUUUUCAAGGAAUACAAGGAAAAGAUAAAGUCAGUAUUAGGGGAAGAGCAAGUUGCUAGCUUUCUUUCAAAAUCAUUGUUCUUGGUCUGGUGUGGAGGCAAUGAUAUUUCUACUACUUACCGAAUCAGGAGAGCUGAAUAUGACAUUGAUUCAUACACUGAUUUAAUAGUCAGCUAUGCUUCAAAAUUCUUCCAGGAGCUUUAUGAGGCAGGAGCAAGGAGAGUUGCCGUUCUGGGGACGCCGCCAACUGGGUGUGGGCCAGCACAGAGAACAAUUUUUGGUGGCAUAACAAGAGUUUGUGCAGAUGACGAAAACCAUUGGACAUUAGUCUACAACUCCAAGCUCUCUGCCCAAAUAGGUCCUCUCAAGAACAGUCUUCCAAACUUAAAGAUUGCUUAUGUUGAUACCUACAAUCCACUCCUGAACAUCAUCCAAAACCCUCACAAAUACGGCUUUGAAGUGGCAAAUGUAGGCUGUUGUGGCACAGGCAGAAUUGAAGUAACUGUGCUGUGUAAUCCUGCCACGAACACGCUAAGCUGCCCAGAUGCCUCAAAAUACGUAUUUUGGGACAGCUUUCAUCCCACAGAGAAGGCUUACGAGAUCCUUACCGCAACUAUCAUCAAUCAGAGCGCUAAGGAACUUCUCUGAUCUCAAGCAUUGCUACAUCUGCAGAUUCAAAUGUAGUUCAACAUGUAAAAUAAAUAAAUAAUACAUGCAUAAUUGUAUUAUCAGAUCAAUCACUCCACCUCGCAGAAGGAAGCAAAAUCUCCAACCAUCUCGCAGAAGGAAAUCAAAUCUCAGUCUUAAUAUAAAUAAUAUAUAUUAAAUGUAUCUUGUACUU